AUGUCUGAUUAAGAACUCAACUUAGAACCAGAUUCGGAGUCCAAAGGAUCUUCAGAUAAUGAGAAUGCCUAACAAUAGGAACAAAAUCCCAAUCCACCUCUUACUAUAUUUUCAAAGGGUUUUCAUGUCGAAAAAUAACAAGCCGAAUAACAAUAAUAAUAAACUCAAUCAGAUCAACAAAAUGCUUUCCAAGACCAACCCAUUUAAGAGGAUGAAGACGAAGGAGAUGAGUCAUCUAAAUACAUGUCUUUUGAUAAAUAGCCUGAAGAAGGAGAAAUUUAAUUUAAUUAAUUCAACAAUAAUAAUUAAGACAUUCAAGAACCACAAUCAGAAUAAAUAAAAGAGCCAGAUAAGGAAGAAAAGGAAGUAGAUGAUCUCUAAAAAUUAUAUGAAGCUAUUGGAAAGGAUAAAUAGGAACUAGAAAAUGAAAAAGAAAUAUAAGAGGUAGAAAAAUAGGAGGUAGAAAAAUAGGAUAAAGAAUAAGAAGAAGUAAGUUCAGCUGAGGACAGUCCAGAUUAAAAGACGGAGAGACAAAAUACUAUCAUUUUAAAAACCUAGAGACUAUACAUGUUGGAGGUUCAAGAAAGAAACGACGAAGCAAUACGAAUUGAAUUAAUUGAACAACUCAAAACUUAGUUUGCCUUUAAGUAAGCUCACCCUUUCGAUUUGUUUAUAAUGUAUGAUGAUGCCUUGGUUGAAUUUUAAAUCAGAAUGGAUGAAUUAGAUCAUGCUCUUAAAUCAAUAUCUAUUGACUUACAAUAGGAUUAGAAGAGAAUAGUUUAGAAAUACUACAGAGUACCCAAAUUGGACACUAUUUCAACUAUAAAAUUAUGUUGCAGUCUCGUAGAAGACUUGGGAGAGUUAGUUAUGAUGGCCAUAAAUUACAUAGUUAACAAGUAUAGACUAUUGUUGGAUAUCUUUUUUGAAGAAGUGACUGGGCCAGAUAAAUUGAUCUCUGUGGAAACUUUGAAGUUAUUAAAUAGAGAAUGGAUGUGGGGUUUGGAUGAAGGAAAAUUAUAGUAAAUUUAUAAUCUAAUGACAGACUACGGAAACAAUAUCUACAAUUUACAGGUUUUUAAAUAAAAGUUGUCUAAAAUUGCAGAAUAAGUGGAUAAGAAAUUUAAUUUUAAUGCUUAUUAAAAUGUUGUAAAAUCAAUCAUCAAAAAUGGGUCAAUUGAAUAGAUAUUUCGAUUAUUAAGAGAUGAAGAUCAGGGUGUUACAGAUGAAAUUUAAAUAUAAAAGUUUUUAAGCAUCAUAACCAAAUUUAUAGAUAGAGCUUUGUCAAAGCAAGAGUUAUUGGCUCUGCGUAAGUAUUUAGCUAAAGAUAAAGAUGAAGAUAUCAUAAUUUAUUCGAAACUUAUGAACGAUGCCUUGAAGGUGAUCGAAGAUGAAAGAAUAUAAAAAUAAUAGGAACAAGAAAAACAAAAACUACUUCAAAAAGAUAUUAUUUUAGAAUACUUAAAAAGCGUCGUCGAAAAAUCUGUUACAUUGCCUGAUUAGUAUUUCAAAUAGGAAUAGCUAUUUAAAAUGGACAAAGAAACCUUUAUAGAAUAAACAAUUAUAUUAACUGGUUUUGUAAUUGAUAAGGAUAAAGCCCUAUAGAUUUAUGAAAUGAUUAGAGAGGAAAAAAUAGACAAAGAAGAAGAGGACAUCAAUGUGAUUGAAUUCACUUAGUUUAUAAACAAAAAGAAAUAUGAAAUUUCAUAGCCUGAAUCAGAAAAAAUCCAAUAAUCGAAGGAGAUUUAAGAAAAAAUAGAUCAAUCUAAAGGGGCAUCAUAAUAAAUGUUAUAACCUCCCUCAUUAAUCAAGUAAGGACAAUCUUAGCAAGGAUAAUCCUUAAGGUAAUAGCUAUAAUUGCCUUUGAGUGCAAUAUCCUAGCCCUAAUCAGCUCUUAGGGAUAAGUAACCAGUGCUUUAAUAAGUAUCUAGUAGAUAAUAAGAAAAAUCAUCAGAAAGGUAGUAAGAAAAGGCAUCAGAAAAGUAGAUUGAAAAAGACAAUAAAGAGAGUAAGGAUAAUAAGGAUAAUAAAGAUAAUAAAGAUAAUAAAGACAAUAAAGACAAUAAAGAUAAUAAAGAUAAUAAAGAGAAAGAUAAUAAGGAAAAAGAGAAGGAGAAAGAAAAAGAAAAGGAAAAAGAAAGACUUUAAUAAUUAUAAAGUAUUUCUCUUAGAAAUGAUAUAUAUUGUUUAUUUAAUGAACUUGAUGAAUAAAAAGUGAAAAUCUUAACAUAAUAACAAAUGUUUUCAGGAUUACUUAGAAUUGGAGUUGUCAUCAAUGGAUAAAAAUUACUUAAUUAAAAAUCUUAUGAUUAUUUCAGCUUUGAAAAGGUGAUAAUGCAACAAUUAAAGUAUUUCUUUAAUUCAGCUAAACUGAUUUACAAUCUCAAAAAGGAAUUGGAUUAAUACAAGGAGGAAGAAACUGAUAUAGUAAAUAUUCCACUAUUAAAAACUUUGUUUGAGAAAAUCAGAUUAAAUGUUAAAUUCGAAGAUAUACAGUAUUUAUUUUCUAUUUUGGACAAAGAGGAGAAAGGUAACAUAAAGUUGAGCAAUUUAUUCUAUUUGAUACAUGUGCAUCCAAUACUAGAUUACAAACUGAAUGAGUUAUUAUUUAGAAUGAAAGGAUAUUAUGAUAAUUCGUUAAAGAUGCAUAAAGUCUUAUACUCUAAACUUCCAUUGAAUUAUUGUCGACCCUUUACUUCUAAGGCCAACCUACCUAGCUAUACUUUUCGAUAUAAACUGGAUUUGUUGGGAAACAUUCAAGUUCAUCCUCCAUGUUCUGGAAACAAUUCAUGCAAGAUCAAGUUAUUAGAGGCAUAAGGUAUUCCUUCUCCAAAAGAUAAAAGCACUUGUUUCAAAAGAGAAAUAGUCGUGGCGAUUUACGAUAACUUUUAUAAGCAAUUUUCUGAGAACAGUCUCGUUCUCAAAGCUAAAUACCUUCCUGAAAAUGAGGAUAUUUGGUAUUUUCCAGUGAAGAAUAGAAAUAAUGGAUUCUAUUUGAAUUGUGAGAAUCAGAAAGAGAAAUUGAAUCUGAUUUUGGUGUUUGAAUUUAUUAGUUACUUUAAAGAGAAUAAUCAAGUGCAUAAAAUCAGUUGUUGUUUUGCAGAGAUACCUGUAGCACACAUAAUGAGGUUAGGUACAUUUAUAUUGCCCUUGAAGGGAGGUACUAUCGAAUAAAUAGUCUCAAUUGCUAAGGAUGAUAUCCGAUGCAAAAGAGGAGGAAUUUCAGGACUCAUAACACGACUAAGUGGGGAUGUCUAACCCUAAUUCAAAAUAAUUAGUAUGAAUAAAUCAAAUAGACCAUAAUUGCAGAAGGAAUUGCAGAUGUUGCCUCCACUGUGUCUUUGUCAUAGAAACAUGACCUAAAUUAUUUAGACUUAUAGAAUCUUCUGUGAGGAUAAGUUGAAAUAAGAUGAAAGUGUGUUCAUUUAAUCAAUUGAUACAUUUUUAUUUUGUUUAGAUUGUCCUUACAUCUGUUCAAAGAUGUGUAAACUGUGGAAUCGUAUAAUUCAAGGAAAGAUGAUAGGUCAAGAGUUAGCAUCAUUCUAGAUACUGAAUUGGAUAAUUGAUUUUAAUUUUAAUCCUUAUUCACCCCAAGAAGUCUUUACUCCUGAGAUCAGUAAGCCAAAAAGGAAUGUCGUAAAAUCAAUAUUCGAAUAUGCUGAAUAUUUGAUAGACAGUUCCUUUUUCAAUAAAUUGGGAUUGGAUGGUGAUGAAAUUUUGAAGGAACAAAUGGACUUAUAUGGAUAACCAUUGAUUCAGGGAAUCUUUGAUGGUGGGCAUAAUCCAUUUGAUAAAUAUUACAACGGAUUGAAUUUGAAGGCUUAUGAAACUUAUGUAUAAUAAUUGUGA